AUGCCAACGCAAUGGACAAUUGUGAACCUCUAUUGGCUGGAUGGUGCUGAAAUAGGCUGUGUCACACACACUCACAACUCCUUCCCUUCCACCACCACCCAUUGUAUGAGCGUUCAGAACUUGAAUUCCUUCGGUAGUGUUCAUUGUCCGCCUUAUCGAUCUUACUCUGACCUCGGACCAGAUCCGUUUGCUGAGGAAGGCGACCCUCUUGGCGACAGUCAGGACGUUGGCUCUCAAGCUGACUACAUCCACAUUCGCAUCCAGCAACGCAAUGGAAGGAAAACUCUGACCACUCUCCAGGGAUUGCCCAAGCAAUACGACGCCAAGAAGUUGCUCAAGGCAUUCAAGAAGGAAUUUGCCUGCAACGGAACCCUUGUUGACGAUGAAAAGAUGGGACAGGUCAUCCAGCUCCAGGGCGAUCAGAGAGUCAAGAUUUCCACGUUCCUCGUUGAGAACGGGCUUGACAAGUCGACGGUGAAGGUUCACGGUUUCUGA